AUGUAUGUUUCGCCUUGCCAACUUCCUGCGUUCAUCAGGACAAAAAAUCGCGUCAUUGUUGUUUACUUACGGUUUGUUACUCAGGGCUUAACCUUGUUACAGAAAUAACAUUUCCAUGGCAUGCUCCGCGGUAAAGUAUCGAAAUAUAAAGGUAGUUAACUACAACAGUAAACACCAGUUUGUGGACCUAUCUGUUGGAUCCAACAGCCUGGCGAACAAGAUUAUUACCGCCAACUUGUUUUGGAUGGCAGUUUUAUGGCAACACUCUCCGGUCGCUAGCGCCUCAAACAUUGCAAUCCUCCCAAUAGGCCGCGCGAGGCAGGCUUCGGCGCCAGUUCCCCUCCUAUCCGGGCACACAGGCGUUAUCACGGACAUGAUGUGGAAUCCGUUCUGCGAAUGGAUGCUUGCUUCGUCUUCCACGGACGGAUCCAUCAAACUGUGGCUUUUACCAGAAAAUGGACUCGUAGAACCGUACACAACCUCUCUCGCCACUAUCUACGGGAGCAAGAAGAGAGUCGACGCCGUUCAAUGGCACCCAGUCGCUGCUAAUAUUUUAGCGUCUGGAGAAAGUGAUUGUCGCGUUAGGGUGUGGGACAUAAACCGCCCAGACUCUGAACAGCUCAAGGUUAACCCACUGACUAGCGGCGUUAAUUCUAUAUCAUGGAACUACGAUGGGAGCCUCCUAGCCGCGGUCACGAAAGAGAAGAAGCUUCAGGUCAUCGAUCCCAGAACAAACCGCGCUUUUUCCGAAACACCCAUUUCUGAUGGUCCAGCUAGCAACAGCCAUACUUGCUGGCUUGGAAAUUCAUACAACAUUAUUACAAGUAGCCUCGAUAAGCUUAGAAAUCGUACUGUACUGAUAUGGGACUCUCGCAAACUUUCCAAACCAUCUCAUACCCAUAAAUUUAAUAAUAGCUCUACUAGCAUGAAGCCUAUGUUUGACAACGAUACUCAGCUCCUGUUUCUGUUCGCCAGGGGUGACUCAACCGUCUAUUGCUACGGAUUUUCAGAAGACGGCUCACUUGUCGAGUUGUCUGCUGAGAACCUGAGGGUACCUCACACCUCUGUUUGCCUUGCUCCAAAAUUACUUUGCGACGUCCGAAAUGGAAAUGUUGCCCGCAUAUACCGCUCAACCGAUAAAGCUAUAUUUCCCAUGGGUUACAACGUCUUCCGGAAAAACAUUGACAUGUCUGAGUUUCAGCUCAACACACCUUGCUACGAACCAGGACUAACCGCUGACGCAUGGCUCCAAGGUCAAAACAAGCCUCCGGUGUCCAUAGACAUCACGGAUCAUGCUACUCUUAUAACAAACUAAAACUCAAUCCGAAAAAGAGGACGUACCCUAAAAGUGUGUUCACUUUACAUAUGUAUUCUGCAACUGAAAUAUAAACAAAUAAAACCGUUCGUAGCUGGCUCACAUUGACCAAAAUGCAAA